AUGUCUCUAGGUGUUGAUGUCAUUGAGACAGGGCCUGCACUGCAGGUGCUAUUGUUGGGAGAAGUAGCUGAGGCAGACAAACUGCUCUACCCUUAUGGACCCAAACACCAGGACAGAACCACCCCAAAGGCAGAUGACGGGGCAUCUCCUCAGAUCCCCAUCUCUGAGAGCUUCUACUUUUAUGCCAGGAGGUAUCAGUCUCUUUAUGUGAACAAUAAUGGAGUGGUGUCAUUUGGUAAGCCAGUCAGCCAGUUCACUCCUGAUCCUUUCCCCUUGACGGAUGGACGGGCCUUUGUUGCUCCCUUUUGGGCUGAUGUCGAUAACCGCAUCACCGGCGAGGUCUACUACAGGCAGAGCCAAGAAAAGCAGCUCCUGCAGAGAGUCACAGAUGACAUCAACACUUACUUCCCGAGUGAAAAGUUCACGGCUACCUGGGCCUUCAUAGCCACUUGGGACCAAGUGGCUUUCUAUGGAUCCCUGUCCUCCAAGGUGAACACAUUCCAGGCUGUUUUAACCUCCAAUGGUAAACUGUCUUUCGUUAUACUGAACUAUCAGGACAUCCAGUGGAUAUCAGGGCAGGCAAGUGGUGGAGAUGCUCACACCGGCUUGGAGGGCACACCUGCUCAGGCUGGAUUUAACAAUGGAGAUGCUAACAACUACUUCAACAUCCCUGGAUCUUGGACUCCAAGCAUCAUUAAUGUCAGCUCCACAAGUAACAUCAUGGACCCUGGGCGCUGGGUCUUUGAGGUGGAUGUCUUUGCAGUGCCAAAUGGCUGUGUUUACAAAGCUAAUUUCCUGCCAGUCAGUGCCACCUUCUGGACUGAAUCAGCUUGCGAGGAGAAGUGCCAGUGCACGUCUGAAGAUCCCAGGGUGACAUGCCAGGCCAGCGGGUGCUCUGCAGAUGAGAUUUGCCAGCCAAAUUCCUGGUACCAUGUGUGCCGGCCCACCCAUAAGGCCACCUGCCACGUCUUGGGUGGACGGCACUACACCACCUUUGAUGGCCGACUGUACCAGUUCCAAGGCAACUGUGUUUAUGUGCUGUCUCAGAUGUGUGCACCCUCACACAACCAAAGCCUGGAGUAUUAUCGGGUGGAAACAGGAAUUUCAGGGGAAACUCCAGAAGUGUCACAAAUAGAGCACUUGCACAUGAUGGUCUACGGACAGGACAUUACUGUAAUAGCCAACUCUGUUGGGCAUGUCAUGAUCAAUGGAAUCAAGAGCCUUCUUCCUGUGACCCUCCUUGGUGGCAAGAUCCGAGUGCAUCAGAGUGGAUUCUCAACUAUGAUAGCCACCGAUUUGGGGGUGGAAAUUUCCUACAAGGGGAGUCAACAUGUAGAGGUUGCUGUUCCUGCCAGCUACCAUAAUACCACCUGUGGCCUCUGUGGAACCCUGAAUGAAAACCCCGCUGAUGAUUUCUCGACUCCAAACAGAUCCCUCGCGGCAUCGGCAGCUCUGUUUGCUAAAAGCUGGCAGGUGCACUAUGCGGAGGACCAGUGUGGGGACACCCAAGGGUUGCCAAGCUGCCCUUCAACCGAAUUGGCUCUUUUUUCCAGCCCAGAGUACUGUGGCAUCCUGAAGGAAUCUCCAGGUCCUUUUGCAAACUGUGCAAAGGCUCUGCCUCUCUCCAGCUUUAUGGAAAGCUGCACGUAUGAUCUUUGCACAUCUGGGGGCAAUCGGAUGGUACUGUGUGAAUUUCUCCAUAUUUAUGCUGGACGUUGUCAAGCAGCAAAUGCCACAGUUGGGCAGUGGAGUUCGGAUGCAUUUUGUCGAAUAACUUGUCCAGAGAACAGCCAUUAUGAGCCUUGCUCUACUGCCUGCCCAGCCAGCUGCUUGGAUUCCACAGCCCCACUUUAUUGCAACGAGCCUUGCAGGGAGGGCUGCUUUUGCAACAGAGGCUACAUUCUUAGCGGAGGAGCUUGUGUGCCCCUGGACCAUUGCGGCUGCACUCUGAACGGCCGGUAUUACCAGGUGGGAGAUGACGUGAUCCUGACAGAUACCUGCAGCCAGAAAUGCUCCUGUAGGCGUCCUUCCCACCCCAUGGAGUGCCAGAAGCAUGCUUGUGGGGCUCUGGAAACGUGCAAAGUUGUGAGCGGCGUGCUGGGCUGUUACCCGGCGACCUUUGGCAACUCCUGGAUGUUUGGGGACCCCCAUUACGUCACUUUUGAUGGGGUCGCAUUUGACUACGAGGGAACGUGCAAAUACAUGCUGAGCAAGUACUGUGCCCCCCAGGGAGCCCUCCCUUACUUCGCCAUAAAAGUGGAGAACGAACACCGGGGCUCCUUGGCCGCAACAUGGGCACGUCUGGUGGAGAUAGACGUCUAUGGGGAGCACAUUGCCAUAGCGGCUGGUCAGUACGGCAAAGUGCAGUGUGAGGGCUUCCUCUAUGGCUUUUUCAGUCCGCAAUAA